UUUGGGCUCAGUUACAUCACAGGAUUCGUCGCGAGCGCAUCGUUCUGGACCAAUCGCGGUAAAUCAACAGAAACGGGGACUAAGUGCUUGUGGUGUUUUUGUUACCCGCCGCAUAACGUACGAUUAUGCUACUGAGUGAUAUACUCCAUGUUCAAAGCCCGUUCUGGAGUGACGGGGAUUAAGGCGCUAUUGUUAUUAUACUUUCGCUUCUACAUAUUUCAUCGACGUGUGUUUUUUUGGGACGAUGAAGAGAGGAUUUAGUGUGUUAUCCCCAUUUCCACUCGAGCAACAUCUGCUUUCGCAUUAUGUGGUGCAGCGCAUUUGCAGUGUGGCGUGAGUGAUAAAGUUCAAAGUGAUUGAUGAGCUUUUGAUGUGCGAGAUAUUCCGACCUUACCUAUUGUCAUGAGAGGGUAAGGAAUGCAGCUUGUCGUCAGCUACCGUGUGCAACUACAAAUUGCGGUAAUGGAUCAUUUGCAGUUGGUGAGCUAUGUCGCCACGACCUCAGCGCUAGUGGGGAACAUGUGCAGAGGAAGUGCAUUGCAAUAAAAAAAUUGAUAAAGCCAUUUUCGGCGAGUCGCACACAAAGAGAAGCGUGGAUGGGGUAUAACGUGAUUCAUAGUGCGAAAAAUUGUGGAAAAAUGAGAAGAAUAAUUGCUAACCGAUGAUUCAUGGUGUGGUGUUCUUGUUUUUUGUAUAAUCAAUAUGUAUGUUUGCAUAUACAUUUAUUAACGAGAAUAACAACGAUGGUGGUGUUCAGGGAAAAUGAUAAAUUGAAUAAUUGAAAGCUUAGAGUGAGAUAGUGCGCUUUGUUACGAUCGUUGGAUUAACGACCAGGCGUUGGUUGAAAUGGCCAUACUUUUAGAAGGAUAUUGUGCGUGACCGGAAAAAUGGAACCACGGAUUAUCAGCGGAUUUUGCGGAUUAUUAAUCAUUUUACCCUACAUUUGUGGGGAUGAUUUAGGGCUGCUCUCCAGCACUCUACGUGCAUUUCGACGAACAAAUUGUGAAGACGAGCUGAUGAAUCUUUCCUGCCCGAUUGGCACCAGCAUCAGCGUAGAGCUGGUGCAGUACGGAAGAACAGAAGAAAAUUCUUCGCUGUCAUGCUCUUUCACUGACAGCAACCGUGAAAGCCGCUACUCCGUAGAGUCGACCACGCUGGCAUCGGACAGUCCUUUCAUCUUAGGCAACGUGUCAUUUGCGCUAAUGGAACCCAGCCUCAACGACACUGUCCUGCCUGAUAAAGUGAAAAGCAAAUGUACGCAGCAUUACGUGCUACAGUACUCAAUCCUGCAAAUCGUGGUCGAAGCAUGCCAGAAGAAGCGCAAAUGUACGUUCCGAGCGACGCCGAAAGAUUUCGAUAGCGCUCCGUGUCCCGGCAUACACAAGUUAGUGGAAGUCAGCCACAUAUGCAGACCGUUCGAGUUUCGGAGCCUGAUUGCUUGCGAGAAGGAUGUGAUUCGAUUGGCCUGCGGUCGUUACACAAGAGUUGCCAUCUAUGGUGCCAGCUACGGUCGCACGGCCUACGAAACUUCGCACUGUACACAAACGGCGGCCUCCAAUGAGGAAACCUGUCUGUCGCCCCACACCAGUCUCACACUGACAGAGAUUUGCCAGGGGCGACGAAAAUGUACGGUAGCCGUGGAAGAAUCAACCUUCGGUCAACCUUGUCCUGCCAACGUUCGGGUCUCGCUGAAAGUUGUUUACGCAUGUGUAUCUCGCAAAGUAUUCCGAGAUCGCUAUAUUACGCCAUUGGAGGAUGAUGAAUUGGACGAACAAUUCGAACUCAAUGAGCUAUACGAUGAUGAAUUCACGCCCGCCCCUAAUCAAGUGGAUGAUUCAUCUAGCAGUGGUCAAAUGAGCCAUAAAUUGUCCGAUGAGCUCGAAGCAACAGUGAAGGCUGAGAAUAUUCUCACUCAAAGCAAGGAUGGUAAAACGAACAGCCAGUUCGAUAAUCGUAUUCUAGUUACCGUCGUGGCAGUAAUUUUCUUCGGAUGUUGUCUAUCGAUUGGAGCUUUGGUGGCAUACCGAAUGAGAUUGCUAUCAUCGACAGACCACGCCUGCAUUAAAUAUACUGAAUCAAGUGACCCGCAACAGUCCAGCACGAACAGUAAUCCGCAGAACGAGGACUUCAGCCUGGUCGAAUGCGUUGCGGAAACCAUUCCCGUUGCGGUUAAGAUGAAGCAACCAAACCUCGAGCAUCCAUCAACGUCCAACACGUUUCUGCCAACGUUUAAAGUUUUUAAUCACCCCGAUGCUCUACCCCAGAUAUCGACCACAAUGUUCAUCCUGCCGAAUUAUAUAGUUAGUGAGUCCAGUUUGCGAAGCAGCCAAAAAAUCUCUACAGGUCAAACGGAAAAGGAAAAUCUGAGCCUGGCUUUGACAGAUGUAGCAGUUGCUGCCAGUAGCGGCGUUGAGCCGUAUCCGUGUGCGGCGAACAACUGUGUUCAAUGCAAUCUGCUAGGUUGGCAGGCCGGGGCCGCAAUGGAUGCGGUCGAGCAAAAAUCUGCCUUUCGCUACAAUCAAUCAUUCAAGAUGCCGGCAAGCGAGCGUGAACUCUGCCAACACAAUUCUUUUUUAUGGCUGGGCUUGAGGGUCGGGGUGAUGUAAACUUGUAGGGUAAAGCUGUCAAGAUUGAUUCGAGCACUUGCUAGGGUUCAUCUCCAUCGGACCAUGCAUCAUCACUGGACCAGUAACCUUUGCAUGAUGGACAUGCUCUUAGCUUAGUUUAACACCAUCGGACGUAGUUCUCUUGGCAGUUUUACCCAUUCACAACAAGUAUGCUUACUAUAAGAUGAGAAAGCAAUUAAAAGUUUGUAACUAGAAACCGAUACGACAAAGACCGCAUAUGAGUAUACUUCUGAGGCAGGAUGAAAACAAGAACCACGGGCGUGUCAAUGUACGUGCUCAGAACUGUGCAUCCUCACCACCGAGAGAAAGAUAGAUAAAUAAAGAAAGCCGAGCGAAUUUUUCAGUCAAAUUGUACUACUAUAUAGAUAUGCAUGUCAAGUAACGGAAAAGUCACUCUAUCAUAUAGAGUUUUUCAUUGAAAUUCUGGAACAGUAUAUUGCAUACUUUCAGUCUGUUUAAUAUGUUCGUCGAGAAAGCUAUGCGAACAUAUUUCUUUCGUCAGUUUUCCAUCCAUGGUGAACAUUGGAACCUGACGAAAGCGAAACUUCUCAGCUCGAAAUAACAUGAAUUUUACUCUAGCAAAUAAAAACAAAAUCUGUCCAAAAUUGCAAGCUGUAAAUAAGUGAAUAACAUUAUGCACAUUUCUCGUAUGUGAACAAAAAUAACAAAAC